UCUUAGUAUCUCAUUUAUAGAUGAGUUACAAAUAUGCAUAGAUGAAAAAGAGAAUUUAUUCUCUUAAGAGUUCCCUACACUAAUAAAAUCAUGGAUCUAUACCAUCCCAGUUUCUUUCCUUCUACCUCCCAAAUAAAAUAUCAAAUAAAAAUCAAAAGCUACCUGUUUUAUUUUUAUAUAUAUAUCUGUCAUAGCUUUAAACUUAGGUGACAGGUUGGAGUUUGGGGGGGGGUUGCAUUAUUGAAAUAUUCAAGUUACAAAAAUAGGAGAGAUGUAAUAGCCCCAUUUGUCAUGUUGUUAUUCCUCAUAAGAGGAGUAAAAAAUAACUUGUAUGCAACAUGUAUGUGUUCCCUAAUAUGUUUUGGGAAAGUUAAUUUCAACCUGUGUGGUUCAGGGAUUUAGUGAAAGAAGAGGAAGAACAGUUGAUGGAAGAAAGGAAAAAGAGAAAGGACGACAAGAAAAAGAAGGAAGCUGCUCAAAAGAAGGCCACUGAACAAAAAAUCAAAGUGCCAGAACAGAUAAAGCCCAGUGUAAGCCAGCCUCAGCCUGCCAACUCUACUAACGGCACUUCCACAGCAACCAGCACUCAGAAUAAUGCCAAGCGGGCCACAGCCAGCAGUCAGCAGCAACAGCAGCAGGCCUUGCCUCGUUACCCUCGUGGUGAAGUACCACCACGAUUUCGGCACCAGGAACAUAAACAACUUCUAAAGAGAGGUCAGCAGUUGCCUACUAUAGCAGCAAACCUGGGACCUGCUACUAAAGUAUUAAAUACCCAGUCAAGAGGCAGUAGUAUAACAAGUAAACAGCCAGUGACUAAUGGAGAAAGACAGAACAAAAAAAAACAACCAGAUUUGAACCAUAGUAAUCUAGGAUCCCAUUAUGAAAAUUCUCACUGGGGACCAGUGUCUUCUAAUAGUGACUCCAGCACAAACUGGGACAAAGUUAUUAUAGAAGGCUCUGACAAAGAAGCAUGGCCUUCUAUCACUGACAGUGACCCAGAGUUGACUUCAGAAUGUAUGGACACUGACUCUGCCUCUAGCUCUGGGUCAGAGAAGAACCUUUUGAUAAUGGCUUCAGGGAGUACAAGUGGUGAAAAUGAUGGAAUUCGAAAUGGCAUUGGACACAGUUCUCAAAACAAAUUUGUGGUGGGUAGCAACAGCAAUAAUGUGGGCAAUGGAAGUAAUAAUGGACCAUGGAAUCUAUCCCAUGGAACCAUAAUAAGCACAUGUCAAGUUUCUGUGGAUGCUCCUGACAGCAAAUCUGAAAGUAGCAACAAUAGAAUGAAUGCUUGGGGCACCGUAAGUUCUUCAUCAAAUGGAGGGUUAAAUCCAAGCACUUUGAAUUCAAAUAGCAACCAUGGUGCCUGGCCUGUAUUAGAGAACAAUGGACAUGCCCUAAAAGGGCCUGUAGGGAGUGGUAAUUCUGGCACAAAUAUUCAGUGCAGUACCAUAGGCCAGAUGCCUAACAAUCAGAGUAUUAACUCUAAAAUGGGUGGUUCCACCCAUGAUUCCUGGGGAAGCCUUCAGGAAAAUUGUGAAUCUGAAGUAAAUGGUACAAGGAAGGUUUCAUUCAGUGGACAACCUCAGAACCUUAACACUGAAAUGAAUGGACCAAAUAACACUACUAACUUUAUGACCUCUAGUUUACCAAACGCUGUUGGUUCAGUGCAAAUGGAUGAACUGCCUAAUAAUACAGGACAUGGGGCCUGGCGUGUGAGCACAAGGAAUCAUUCUCAGAUACAGGCCUCUUCGGUUACAAAUGGCACUUCCAUUUCCCAUCUUAGCAAUGGUGAGUCCAAAAAUGGUGGCUCUUAUGGUACUACAUGGAGUGCCUAUGGUUCUAAUUAUUCCGGAGAGAAAUGUUCAGGCCCUAAUGACCAAGCAAAUGGUGACACUGUGAAUGCAACUCUAAUGCAGUCUGGCAUAAAUGGGUCUGUUGGCACUAACUUUCAAAUGAAUGGGAAUAAAGGAGGAAGUUUAUGGGAGUCGGAGAUGGCGAAUUCCCAGAAUGUACCAUGGGGAAGUGGAAAUGGUGUGAAUUCUGGAGGAAAUCGAAGAGGAUGGGGAAGCCCUGCACAAAACACUGGCACUAAUGUAUCCAAUGGGGAAUGGAAUAAGCUGCCUAGCAAUCAGCAUUCCAAUGAAAGUAUAAAUGGAAAUAGUAGGAAGUUUACAAAUGGAUGGAAACCUACUGAGGAAGAUGAUCAGAGUUCUGCUCCAUCUCAGACAAAUGAGCAGAACGCCAUUUGGGCCAAAACAACAGGUACUGGGGAAAGUGAAGGUAGUACAGAAAGCACUGGAUGCCGAGAGGAAAGAGUGGUUGGGGAAGGGCAGAGUAGAGAGAGAAGAAAAGUUGACCAGCAUGCAUUACUCCAAAGCAUAGUAAACAGAACUGACUUAGAUCCACGUGUUCUCUCCAACAAAGGUUGGGGAGAGACUCCAAUCAAACAGAAUACUGCCUGGGAUACUGAAACAUCACCUAGAGGUGAAAGAAAGACUGA